AUGUGUUUUAAUUUACCACUGGAGGAACGCUCUUCUGAAGUUCGUAGUAAGACACUGGGGAUAUUAACCAGCGUUAGAGACCCUCCGGAAGGCAUUAUUGUUACCCCAUGUUCAGAAGACUUGGGGAAAGUUUACGCUGUAAUCAAUGGUCCCGCAGAUACUCCCUAUGAAGGCGGUUUUUUCAUUUUCCUCAUGGCUUUUCCUGCUGAUUAUCCAUUGAGUCCCCCUAAGGUGCGCAUCAUCAACACGGGUGGAGGAACCGUCAGAUUUGGCCCCAAUCUAUAUGCAAGCGGCAAGGUAUGUCUUAGCAUUAUUGGAACCUGGUCGGGUCCUCAAUGGUCACCAAUCCAAAAUCUAACGUCAGUUCUCCUCUCCAUUCAAUCUCUUAUGAACGCAGAACCCUACUACAACGAGCCUGGUUUCGAGAAUCAUUCCAAUCCAAGAGCUUCAGCCCAUUACAAUGAAAUGAUCAAGCACGAGACUCUUCGUUGUGCCGUUUGCGACGUUAUGGAGCGAAAGGCUAGCUUUCCGGAUGACCUUUUUGAAAUAAUGAAGGCAACGUUUUUGGAGAACUAUGAGGAUUAUCUCCAAGCUUGUGUUGAUGGAGCUCCGAAGGAUAAAAUGCUCAUGCAAGAUCCCUUCGGUACCUCCAACCGCACCUUUCAGUUCAAUGCUAUUAGGACUCGGCUUGAGGCACUGAAGGCGAAAUUCUAA